AUGAAAAUGACUCAAGUAAAUAUGUGUAGUGUACCGCUUGAGACUCGAUCUAUUCAGCCGAUUAAUGUACCUGAGUAUUCUGAGGACGACCUGGAAGAGGAGGAUGAGGAUGAGGAGAAUGAGUUUGAUCAGGAUGAUGUGCAGGACAGUGUUAGGAUGGGUGCGUAUCACAGAGAUCGCCUUAUGUACAAUGUUAGUAGUUACCCUCCUCCCCUGUUUGGUUGUCCACGACCUCGUCCUGGAGGUUUACCCUCUCCCCCUACCCCUAUCCCUUCUCCUAUGAGUGGUCAGUGGCGCAGUCCACAUUGUAGUCCCUCUUUCCCUCGUGUUGUUCAAUUCCCACAGGUGACAGAUGAAGUACCUGGUGGGCCGAAAGAUGGUAGCGUGAUUCCUAAUUUUCUUUGGCAUAUUGCUUAUCAUUUCUGGCAUGGAUAUCAUAGACCCAUCCUGAAGAUAUUUAAAGGUGAAAAGAUUCUCAAUAAGUUAAAGUUGUGGUAUAGGGAUAUGGAUGAUGUAGUGAAAGGCAAGAUUGGGGGGACUGGAUUGGGUCACCUUCUUCAUACAUCGUAUGAUGAUAUUGAUCUUGGCUUAGAAAAGUUGGUGUCAGGUGCGCCCGAGAUAGAUGUGUUGAGAGGACAUGCAGCAGGAAUUCUUGGACUGGAUUCGAAUGGUUACAAAUGGAGUCAUGGCGGUGUCUCUGAUUGGUUUAUCCUUGAGAGAUGCCAGAAAGCGGACGAGAAUACCCAGGCCUCUGCUUUCUUGUGGGUAUUGUUAGCCUCGACAUUGUUCAUGGGCAAAAGUGGUGGGAGGUGCAGUGUUUCACUUGUAAAUGAGCUUAUGGCUGGAUUGAAAAUAUGGGUUCAUACUUGUAAGGAUCUGCUACGCUUGCGUUCCUAUACCGUCAGUUAG